AUGAGAGGAGCUUUGCAACAGGAGCUAAGCCAGCAUCUCCUGGACACAAAGGGAGGUCAGGCUCCAAAGUCAGUCAAAGCAAAGUGUGCAAACCCGCACAGCAUUGCUAAAAUGAUCCGGCAAGUCUGUGCCGCGGUUUGCACUGUUUUUACUGUUGGUUAUGCUGGCUACUACCUGACGCACCUGACGCGUCACCUCACGCGUGGAUGGAGGCAAACCUGUCCUUUGGUGAGUGGCAAAGGAACCUGUGACGUCGCUGGUGGCUCAAGAGCAGGCUCAGCACCUCCUCUGGCUCUCUCUCUUGUUGACAAAGAGGUUGAAGAGGAGCAAAAGGACAUCAAGCCUCCAGCUGCAGCGCCUCCACAGCCAGAACCUGCAGAGCCACUCGACACACGCUCUGCACUUCAGCGUGCCGCCGGCACUCCCCCAGCUGCCAGCGCAUCGUCCAGUAGCCCAGCCCUGCAGCCCCAGCCAAGAGAGGAGCAGAGCCUGAAGAGCCUGAGGAGCAUUGUGAGUGUGGACCAGCCAACGAAGAAAUACACAGCAUUUGAAGAACUUGGACGAGGGGCAUUUGGAGCUGUUUACAAAGCCCUGGAUGCCAGCACAGGACAACAGGUGGCCAUCAAGAAAAUGAUUCUUCAGGAGGACAUGUCUGAGGAGCUGGCUGUCAAUGAAAUCCUGGCCAUGAGGGACAACAGGAAUCCCAAUAUUGUUACCUUCUUAGACAGCUACCUGGUUGAUGGGGAACUCUGGUUGGCAAUGGAGUUCAUGGACGGCGGCACCUUGUCAGACAUCCUCAGGGCAGUGUACCUGGAGGAAGGACAGAUGGGCGCUGUCUCUCGGGAGUGCCUGCAAGGACUGCAUUUCCUUCAUUCCCGCCAAGUCAUCCACAGAGACGUCAAAAGUGGCAACAUUCUCAUGGGCAUGGAUGGAUCUGUGAAACUGGCUGACUUUGGCCUCUGUGCUCAGCUCAGCCCUGAGCGCAGCAAGCGCAGCUCCAGGGUGGGCACUCCCGGCUGGAUGGCACCAGAAGUGGUGAGAGGCGAAGCCUACGGCCCCGAAGUGGACAUCUGGUCACUGGGGAUCGUGGGGCUGGAAAUGGCAGAAGGGGAAGCUCCUUACCAGAGGGAAGCCCGUCUCAGGGUGUUGGAACUGAUCGAAAGGAACGGGCCCCCAAAGCUGCAGAACCCCAGGCAGCACUCGCCUCUCCUGCGCGACUUCCUCCGGUGUUGCCUGCAGGUAGAUAAGUACAGGCGGUGGUCUGCCCAGGAACUCCUUCAGCAUCCAUUUGUGAUCUCAGGUGAUCCUGCCUCCAGCCUGGCUGCUCUGAUCAUCUCAGCCAAGGAAGUGCAGGAAGAGUGGACAGGAGAUGCUUGUGCCUGA